GUGUUGGCUUGUUAAAAUGACUUAGCGAAAUAUUACAGUACAUAUGUAAAAAGGCGGUAACAUGAAGAAAUGGUUGUUUGCAAAAGAGAUGCACACCUUGCUUUGAAUCAGCUAUCAGACUAUCGUAAUCGCUUAGAUAGUCAGAAGGAUGGAUUAUUGGUCGAAGCUCUCAAUCGGUUGAUGAAUGUAUUUCAAAGCAGACUGUUUCUAAGCCUACUAGAUAUACAAGAAUUUUAUGAAGCUAUCCUACUUGAUCCACAAAAAACCAAAGAAGAGAAAACUUCUGCUGCACUUGAAAUAGCCUCCAGAUGGGAGAAUAUAUCAAGUCCAUCAUUAGUGGCUUCAACAACUGACUUAAGAAUACCACACAGUUUAAUGAAUAAGACGAAUAAUUUUGAUAGAGCACGUUCAAUGUAUCACAUAAACUUGGAUGACUCACAAAAUCCUCGACUGCCUCAGCCUAUCCAAUCAUCAUCACCGAAUUAUCGUCGACAUCUCCCUCCACAUGAUGAUGAUUAUCAUCAUCAUCAUCAUCCUCAUUUAUCUAACUUAAAUAAAUCCUGGAAACAUAUGGAACCAGAUCAACAAAGAUUUGACUAUGCGACGUCUAUUUCACUAAACAAUAUGAAUCAGCCAUCAUCAGUAGAGAAUGUAUCUAAUGUUCAUCUAGCAAAAAAGCAUAAUAAUAAUAAUAGUCAUAAUUCUGAUUUCAAUCCUGAACAUCCUUUGUACACACAUGAUAAACCGAGUCAAAAUGAACACGAGGCUAGCAAAAAACAACCGCCUUCUACCCUGCCAGUAGCUAAACCACGACAAAAACGUUUAAAACGACUUAAAUCAAGUCAGAUACAUCAUUUAGAAGAGGAGAGUAUAUCUAUCAAUACAGAUGAAAAUGCUUAUUUUAAUAAUAAUAAUAAUCAAUUCCCUGUGCCGCAAAAUAAUUCUCAAGAUAAUCUUUUAAAUGAUGAUGAUAAUGAACUGAAUGAUAGACAAUGGGCUUUACUCAGUCGUUUACCUGUUACUAUGGAGGUGAUUAUUGAUAAAAGUCCUAAAGGAUUUGGAUUUAGUAUUGCUGGAGGACAUGAUAAUACAAUCGGUUCAAAUGAUGACGAUACGGAUAUCUAUGUGACUCGUGUGAAUCCAGGCGGUCCUGCUGACUAUGAGUCGGGUUUACAGCUUGGUGAUAGAAUUCUCUCCGUCAAUGGGAUCAGUUUGAUUGGUGCUACGCAUAGUGAAGCAGUUAAAGCUCUACAAUUGGCGGGUAAUCGAUUAAAAUUGAUUGUUGAGCGGAAAGCAGAACUGGCCAUCUCUGAACAAGACUCACUCAUGUCUUUUUCAUCAUCCUAUUCACACUCAAAACCUCCAAUGAAUCCUUCUUCUUCUUCUUUUUUAAAACACACCACAAAAUUAAAAACUCCGCCUUCCUUCCAUCAUUCCUCUCCAUCGAAUGAGUUAUUCCCCGCUGCGCAGAAUAUUGAAUCAAUAAUGAGUACAGGUACAGGUACUGGGGGAAGUGGUGAUGGUGGUGGAAAAAGCGGUGGAAGCGGUGUCAGUCUGACGACAACAACAAACAGUCUUAUAAGCGGUUCAUUAUUUGAUCAUAGAGAUAGUAAACAAACACUGAAUUCGACAACAACAACAACAUCAACAAAAAACAGGUCACCGCAUAAAGCAACAAUCACUACUACUCAUCACGGAUCACCACCAUCAAUCCCGGGAGUGAUUACUCAAGAGAAAUUUCAUAAGUCAAGUGAUACUGUACAAUCAUUAAAUGAUUAUAAUGCCGAUGUGAUACAGAAGAAUCAGAAAGAUGGGCAGUUUAGCAGUUCAAGGUUAUCAAGACGUGGAGUAGCAUGUGCUGGAUUUCCUGCUUUCUCUUGGUGUGGUGGUCUUCAACGCGUAACUGGUGGAUGUGCAUCGCUAGGACGUGGUCAUCACAGUCUACAAGGAAGCAGUAAAAAUUCUAGUCGACAAAAACUACCUGGAAGUGCAGAACAACAACAAACCGCUUUCCGAUCUCAUGAACUUACCAGUACUAUUGGUGCUAGACCGACACCACCACCAAAACCUGGUCCAUUUGUUGUAGAAGUAAUUCUCACUAGAGGUACACGAAGUGGAUUGGGAUUUAGUAUUACUGGAGGUGUGGGGAAUGAAGCAUCCAAUGGUGAUUCGGGUAUAUUUGUAACAAAGAUUACUUCAGGUGGUGUUGCAGAAACAGACGGUCGAAUUCGUAUCGGGGAUAGAAUUGUCCAAGUGAAUGAUAUACCACUUGUCGAUGUAACACAUGAACAAGCUGUUCGAGUGUUAAAACAAGCAGGUGAUCAAGUGAAACUUGUUAUUGUCAAACAAGUUAGUCAUUCCUCACGUCAUCUAUCAUCCACAGGUGAAACUAAAAUUCCGUCAAAUGAUAUGAAUAAUCAAGGUGUUCUUCCUCCUAACCCUGAUUUUAACGGCAGUGGUGACUUUCGUCGUAAUGAUAUUGCUGAUGAAUACUGUGUCAAGUCCUCUACACCUGCGUCUUUAUCAUCAUUUCAUCGAUCGCCUUCCCUAUCACCUACACCUUCCUCGCAUUCAGCAUCUCCAGCCUUAGAAGCAUCUGUACAUACUGCCCCUAGUAGAAAAUCAUCUUCUGGUCAAAUUGUCCGCGGUGGUGAUUCAAGAGAACAACAACAACAACAAGAGGAAGAAGAGAAUUUACAACAACAGGCGACAGGCACUUCAAAAUCCUUACAGUCAAAACAUCGCCAUAGCCUAAAUUAUAAUCAUCAAAGUCAACUUCAUUCUAAUGAUCUUUCAAAAACUGCAAAAAAGAAUUCUUAUACCUCAUCCAUGGCAAAUAAUGAAAAUUAUCGAUCUUCUCCAGACUUGUCAAAUGAUCGACUUCAUAAACCGGCGUUCUAUGGGUCGACAGGAACAAAUAUUCCAUGUUUUGCAUCAACUGGUCAAGAAUUGCUUGAAAAUAGAAUGGUUGGAAUAAUUGAUUACGCGGCGGCUGCUUCAGUAUCCAACCUCCUCAGUGAAUGGCCAGAUGCUCGAUUAGUCACUCUCUACCGUAGUGGUCGUAAAAGAGUUUCUUCUAUCCAUAGAGAUAAAGGCGACCUUAAUGAUACAUUUCGACGUGGUUUAUCAUCUGGUGGUGUUGGAAGUCUUGGUUUGAAUAUUGUUGGUGGUGACGGCUCUGAAGCAACUUUCAUUUCUCAUAUACAACCUGAUAAGCCUGCUGGUCAAUCCAAAAGGAUAUUUGUUGGGGAUCGAUUGUUAACUGUGAAUGGUGUCGACGUGACUAGAUUUGGACAUGAGAAAGCGGCUGCAGCUCUACGUGAUGCCCGUGAUCGUGUUGAUCUUCUUUUAGUUUACCGACCUGAAGAAUAUGCUGAAUUUGAGAAACAUUUCUGUCGUCAACUCAAAGCAGUUGGUCAUAAAUUAUCCUAUAAAUGUUUGCAUUCCCUAAGAGCUGAAAAUAAUAAUAAUGAUGAUGAUAAUGAUGGUAUCGAGAAAGAUGGUGGUGUCAGAGCUGAUGAAUCCCCUAGGAAAUCCAACGAUGCAAGUAAAGAUAAAGCAAAACGAAAAACCACUGAUGAACCAAGCGAUAAAACAAAACAAAGUCACCAGCAACAGCAGCAACAACAACAACAAAAACGUCAAGUGAAAAAGAAAUCGAAAGCCUCUAAAAAGCAAUUAGGAGAGGAAGAGGCGGUGACUAAAGGUCAAACAGAUGACAUGGUCACCUAUCCAAAUGUAUUAUUGUUACGCUGUCAAGUUGACUAUGAUCCUGUCAAAGAAAAUCAUCAUCAAACUAUACCGAAAAAAGUUUUCAGUCUCAGGUCGGGUGAUUUAGUCUAUGUUAUAAAUACGGUGGACUCUGAAUGGUGGCAGGCGCAAAAAUUUGAUCCAGCAACGAAUGAACCAGUUGGUCCAAUUGGUUUAAUUCCUAGUCGUUUACGAUUGGAACGUAAAGAGCGUACACGCACGCUUCAUGUGAAUUUUAUGGCUAGAAAUAGUCGAUCCAUGGACUCACCAUCUGUAAAAUCGAAUGAUGCUUAUGAAAGGCGAAAAAUAAAAUCAAUAAAACCGUCAACAUCCAGUUAUUCAUUGGUAGAAGGUGUUAGUCAUCUGAAGAAUGCUAAAAUCUUCAAAGAAAGAACAGAAGAUCGUGAUGCUUCUCAUAGUUCAAAGGGUUGUCGUGAUUCUUCAAGGCGUCGUUAUCAUCAUCGUCGUCGUAGCAGUGAUCAGCGUCAUCGACCUCUGUCCUACAUAGCAGUCACACCAGUUCAUCUCAGUUUCGCUAGACCUGUUGUUAUAUUAGGCUAUAUGAAGGAUAGAAUUGCUGAUGAAUUAUUGUGUGAAUUUCCUGAUCUUUUUGGGACAGCUGUUCCAUAUACAACUCGACAACGUCGACCAAAUGAAGUUGAAGGUCGUGAUUAUCAUUUUGUUAUUAGCAAGGAGAUAAUGGUUGCAGAUAUAGCUGCUCAAAAGUAUCUAGAAGCCGGGGAAUACAAUGGUAAUCUGUAUGGUACUCAUUUGGACUCAGUGUUUGAAGUGUCUGAGCUAGGCUUACAUUGUUUACUGGAUGUUGGUGGGCCAGCAUUGAAACGUUUAGAAUCGGCUGGACUACCACCAAUCGCUAUUCUUGUACUUCCUGAAACAUUGUCACCAACAGAUAAGAAUGAUGUUCAUGAUGAUGUCGGUGAUAAUGGUGGUAAUGAUAAUAAUCAUAAUAAUAAUGAACAGUCGCCGAAUGCCAAUGAACAAGGCAAAAAUAAUAAGUCAAAGUUACAGAAACGUACCUCAGUAGAAUCUGAAGCCUUAAAAAAUUUACAAGUUAAACUUGGACGCCUCUUACAACAUUUUACUUCUUUUCUAACUGCUAUUGUAACAACAGAUGACUACAAUGUCGCUUACAAUCGUGUAAAAGAAAUUAUCUUUAAUAAUGCUGGACCUAUUGUUUGGCUAAAUUCACCUCAACCAAUUCCAUGACAAUAAACAUUGAAGUAGAAAUUGAUAUUGACUAUACUUCUAUUUUUGUCUGUGUGUGUGUGUGUGUGUCUUCAAUACGCUUUUAUACUGAUGUGGCGAUAACACAUUAAGUCUGUAGAGAAGUUAGUGAGUCCUUCCUUCUUUGAUGAACUUUGUUUUUGUGUUUUUUUCCACUUAUUCUUAUUCCUACUUUCAUGUGAUUUUUUCAAAUAUGAAUUAACAUGAAUUGUGAAUGGAAUAACGCAUAAAUGAACGAAGAAAAGGAAAUUUUUUCCAAUUCUAAUGUCAGUG